AUGUCUCCUCGAACUUUAUUUAUCCUCAUCCUUAAUUCGGUUCUUCAAAUUCUGAGUUCGGUGUCUGCAACUGAAUUUGUCUACAACAGAGAUUUCAACUCCUCUAACGUGAAACUCUAUGGGAAUGCCACCAUCCAAAACUCAAUUCUCACGCUCACAAACAAAACUUUCUUCUCCAUAGGACGAGCCUUUUACCCUCAGAAAAUACCCAUGAAGCCACCAAACUCAUCCAGUGUUCUUCCCUUCGCAACUUCCUUCAUCUUCUCUGUUGCCCCUUGUGAGAACUUCCCUGUUGCUCAUGGUUUUGCUUUUGUUUUAUCGCCGGUGAUGGCCGUAAAUGGAGCACUCUCGGGGAACUACUUGGGCCUGUUUAACCGCUCCACUUCAGGUAACUCUUCCAACCAUGUUUUUGCGGUUGAGUUUGAUGAUUUUAGAAACGAGGAGUUCAAUGAGAAGAAUGAUAAUCAUGUGGGUGUGGACUUGAAUUCGAUGAUUUCGGAGUAUUCCGAGCCUGCUGGGUUCUGGGGUGGGAGAGAGGGCGAGGAAUGGGAGGAUUUGAAACUGGCUGAUGGUAAAAACUAUCAGGUUUGGAUUGAGUUUGAGGAUUCGGUGAUUAAUGUUACUAUGGCACCAGCAGGGAACAAGAAGCCUCGUAGGCCUUUGAUUAGUAAGCCUAUUAACCUUUCUUUGGUCUUGUUAGAUGAAAUGUAUGCUGGGUUUUCUGGAGCAACAGGAAGAAUGGUGGACAAUUGUAGAAUCUUAGCGUGGAGUUUUAGCAAUUCUAACUUUUCAAUUGGUGAUGCUUUGAAUACCAAGCAUUUGCCCGUGUAUGUGCAUCCGAAAACGUUCCUGUUUAGAUCAAAUGGUUUCAUUAUAGGCGUAACUUUUGGGGCAUUUUUUAUGGGUGGUUUCUGUGCUUUGGCAUUUUUCUAUAGUUUGUUCAGAACCAGAAGGGAAGAGAAACAGGAAGUUUUUGAAGACUGGGAAUUGGAGUAUUGGCCACACAGGAUUAGCUAUCAGGAGAUUUGUGAUGCAACAAGUGGAUUCUCUGAAGAGAAAGUGAUUGGGAUUGGAACAAGUGGGAAAGUAUAUAAGGGAGUUUUGAAGGGAGUAGAAGUUGCAGUGAAGAGCAUCAAUCACGAGACACAGCAUGGAAUGAGAGAGUUUCUGGCAGAGAUUUCAAGCCUAGGCAGAAUGAAGCACAGGAAUUUAGUGGGUUUCAGAGGUUGGAGCAAAAGAAAAGGAGGAAAACUUAUACUGGUUUAUGAUUACAUGGAGAAUGAGAGCUUGGACAAAAGGAUCUUUGAGUGUGAAGAGACCAUGCUGCUGAGCUGGGAAGAAAGAAUUAGAGUUUUGCAAAAUGUAGCUGAUGGGAUUUUAUACCUACAUGAGGGUUGGGAAGUUGAGGUCUUGCAUAGGGACAUCAAAGCUUGUAAUGUACUUCUUGACAAGGACAUGAAUGCUAGAUUGGGGGAUUUUGGGCUUGCAAGGCUGCAUGACCAGGAACAUGUGGUAGACACAACAAGAGUGAUAGGGACUCUGGGGUAUAUGGCACCGGAACUAGUCCGAAUUGGGCGACCGUCAGCUGCGUGUGACGUGUUUAGCUUUGGAGUAUUAGUUCUAGAAGUGGUGUGUGGUAGAAGACCCGUCAUAGCAGAUCAGGCACCAUUGGUUGAUUGGGUGUUUUCCCUUAUGGAGAAAGGGGAAUUGAGUUGUGCUAUUGAUGAGCGCUUGGAGGGUCAAAGUGGUUAUAAUGCUGAGGAAGCUGAGAGGAUGCUUCAUUUGGGUUUGUUAUGUGUAAGUACUGACCCUGUUAUUAGGCCAACAAUGAGGCAAGUGGUGAAAGCAUUGGAGGGAAUAAAAUGCACCGAGUGCAAUGAAGAGUGCAUCCAUUUGGGUCUGCUUGGAAAAAUAAACUCAGCAGCAUCAUGGUCUAAAAGUUCUACAAGUUCUUCGAAUGUAAAUUAUCCUACCUUUGAUGAAAUUUUGCAGACCAAGUUUUAUUCUACAGCAUCUUUAAGCUUCUCUUGUUCCAGCCCACAUCCAGAGUCAGAUUUAAUAUCAGAAGGAAGGUGA